GGGGAGGGGAGGGGAGGGGAGAGGAGAGGAGAGGAGAGGAGGUCAGGCGAGGUCUUGGUCGUCGAAGUCGUCGGGGAAGGAAUUGAAGAAGUCGGCAUCGAUGGGAAGGGAGGAGGAGGGCGGGUGGCGGUCGUCGGCGUCGACCUCCAUCAUGCCCAUGCCCACGGCGGAGGCGGCCUCCGACUCCAUCUCCCCCGGUGAGUCCUCCCACUCGUUCACGCCGCCCGGCGAGCUCAUCUCGAUGACUCGAUUAAUCCAACCACUUUUGGAAUCUUGGAUUGGAUGAUUGGAUUUCCGAUCCCCAAUCUCCUCCUCCUCGCUUUGCCUCCUCCACUUCAACAACGACUUGUAGUUGUAGGUAGGGAGGGAGGGUACACCACAGCAGAGGCCACCAGCCGGCGUCGGCAUCCAACUCCAAAUGCUUUUCUUCCUUUCUGGCCUUUGUGUGUCCAAUAUUAAUUGCUAGUGGACUCGACUAGACGUGAGGCCCAUUUGUUGGCAAGUUUCUUCCCUUGUCUCUCUCUUGUGAGACGAAUCUUUUAAACCUAAUUGCUACAUGAUCUGAUAAUAUGGUGCUAUAUUUAAUAUUUACUAAUGACAGAUUAAUUAGACUUAAUAAAUUUAUCUCAUGGUUUACUGAUGGAUUCUAUAAUUAGUUUUUUUAUUAGUGUCCGAACACCCCAUACGACACGCUAUAUAAUAUUCGCUGCGACACGCCAAAACUUUAUGACUCUGGAUUUGAACACCACCUAAGUUGCCUCUUACUCCUAGUAUUAAUAUCCAAAAUACUGUAUCAAACACACCAAAUAAGCAAGUGGAUGGUGGUGGUGGUGGGGCAUCGGAGACAUACAGUACACGUGCAUUUCCCCAAGGAGAAAAGGAGGGCAGAGAUGGAGUGAGUGGCUUUGACUUACGACGAUAUAGCACUAGCAGUACUCGUACUCCUAAAUUUGUGUUGGUUUGUUGGACUAUCUAUGUGUGUAGUGCAUGUGCGCGUGCAAGCCGCAUUUUUGAAAGGAAUUAAUGUGUUUUUCUAUAAAAAGAAAAGGAGAAAAGAAAGAAUGAAGUUGCUUUAAUUGAUGAAGUUGUCUUGUGGGGUAGCAGCACUUUGAAGUGGUCGCUGUUCCCAUUGGUGUAUGUCGGUCGGAGCGGAAGACAAUGCUUGAUGGCCAUGUGACAGUAGAGUAUAUAAGAUGCCAGUCGUAAGAUGUUACUACUCGUACGUAGACACACGGAGUAUGGCAAGCAAUGCAAAAAUGUCCAUUGGUUAGCAAGACUAGUGCUAGUGUAGUAUAGUCUGUGGAGGAGUAUUGACACCCCUUUAUUAUUUGCAUUGCACUACUCACACUCAGCAAGCAUUGUCUUUCACUUGAGUAGUACUAGGAGUGGUGCUCACUUGCACACUAUUUCACUCCACUGCUCCAGUCCACAGUCCAGUGUGUUCACCUGCUCUACCCCAAGCCCAAGGGAAUUGAAGCAAGCAGAUGAGAUGAGAUCUGUGAUGAUGUGCUGCCUCCUCCUCCUCCUGGUCUCUGCCGCUGCCGGGGCCGAGGGCAAGUCGGAGGUGGCGCUCCUCCUGGAGCGCGUGAAGCCGGCGCUGCAGGGGGAGGGCGAAGUAGGAGGGAACGCGCAGCUGGCCACCUGGACCGCCUCCACCCCGCUCUGCCAGUGGCGCGGCCUCCGCUGGUCCACCGCCGCCACCCUCCCCCGCGAGCUCCCCUGCGGCAACCUCUCUGCAGGCCUCGCCCACCACCCGGUCCCGGACGACCUCCUCCUCCUCCUCUCCAUCCGCCUCCCGGCCUCCGCCCUCGCCGGCCACCUCCCUCCCGAACUCGCCGCUUUCUCCGCCCUCGCCUCCAUCUUCCUCGCCCACAACUCCCUCUCCGGGCCCAUCCCCCUCGCCCUCGGCAACGCCCCCGCCCUCUCCCUCCUCGACCUCGCCUCCAACCGCCUCUCCGGCUCCCUCCCGCUCUCCAUCUGGAACCUCUGCAGCGGCAACGCCCGUCUCUCCCUCCUCCGCCUCCACGGCAACGCCCUCCACGGCCCAAUCCCCGACCCCGCCGCCCUCGCCCCCAACACCACCUGCGACGCCCUCAGCCUCCUCGACCUCUCCGCCAACCGCCUCUCCGGCCCCUUCCCCUCCUCCCUAGUCACCACCGCCUUCCCCGCCCUCCGCUCCCUCGACCUCUCCGACAACCGCCUCCACGGUCCCAUCCCGCACGGCCUCGCCCCCAUCCACUCCCUCAACCUCUCCUACAACAACUUCUCCGGCCAACUUCCCCCCGACCUCGCCUCUCUGCCGCCCGACGCCUUCCUCGCCAACAGCCCCGCGCUCUGCGGCCCGCCGCUGCCCCACCACUGCCUCCCCAGCAACCCCCUCACCUCCUCCGCCGUCGCCGCCAUCGUCAUUGCCCUCAUGGCCGCCGCCGUCGUCCUGGCUUCCCUCUCCAUCGGCUGGGCGCAGGGCCGUUGGAGGCGAGCGCCUUUGCCGCCGGAGGAAGGGACACUCACGGAGGACGGCGAGGGGAAGCUGGUGGUGUUCCAGGGCGGGGAGCACCUCACGCUGGAGGAGGUGCUCAACGCCACGGGGCAGGUGGUCAACAAGGCCAGCUACUGCACCGUCUACAAGGCCAAGCUGGCGGAGGGCGGCGGCAGCAUCGAGCUGCGCCUCCUCCGCGAGGGCUGCUGCAAGGACGCCGAGUCGUGCGCGCCGGCGGUGCGCCGCAUCGGCCGCGCGCGCCACGACAACCUGGUUCCGCUGCGCGCCUUCUACCAGGGGCGCCGCGGAGAGAAGCUGCUGGUGUACGACUACUUCCCCGGCAACCGGACGCUCCACGAGCUCCUCCACGGCCACGGGGAGCAGAGCCAGGGGAUGAGGCCGGCGUUGACGUGGGCGCGGCGGCACAAGAUCGCGCUGGGCGUGGCGCGCGCGCUGGCGUACGUGCACGCGGGGCACGGCGAGGCGCACGGCAGCGUGCGCUCGUCCAACGUGCUGGUGGACGAGUGGUUCGUGGCGAGGGUGGCGGAGUACGCAGUGCACCGGCUGCUGGUGGCGGCGGCGGUGGGGAAGGCGGACGGGUACAGGGCGCCGGAGCUGCAGUCGAGGGGGAGGUGCAGCCCGCGGACGGACGUGUACGCGUUCGGGAUAUUGCUGCUGGAGCUGCUGAUGGGGCGGAAGGCGUCGGGAGAGCUGCCGGCGGUGGUGAAGGCGGCGGUGCUGGAGGAGGUGACGAUGAUGGAGGUGUUCGACGCGGAGGUGGCGCGCGGGGUGCGUAGCCCCGCGGAGGAGGGGCUGCUUCAGGCGCUGAAGCUGGCGAUGGGGUGCUGCGCGCCGGUGGCUUCGGCAAGGCCCACCAUGGCGGAGGUGGUGCGGCAGCUGGAGGAGGUCCGGCCCCGGAACAGCAGCCGGCCGUCGGCGAUCUACAGCCCCGCCGAGCCCAGGAGCGACGCCGGCACGCCCACCGCCGCCGCCGUCUAAUUCCAAUAUAAUGUCGUCCCGACUCCGACCGUACAUAACAUACUCCAGUCCAGCUGGCCGGAGUAUCAUAUCAUAUGCGUGCAGUGCAGUGCAGGCGUCCAGCACUCCAGCUACAUAAUCCUACGUACUACUACUAGUAGUAGCUGCUCCUACGUACUCCGUACUCUACUGUACGGAGUACUACUAGUAGAUUUUCCUUUUCUCAACGCCUGUCUGCCUGCCCAAAUAUUAAUCCUCUCUUCCUAAAAACAUGACUCCAGUCCCCUACAAAAGGAUGAUCACUGCACUGAUUUGGAUAUCUGGGCAAACACAGCCUUUUGCCCAUUUGCAUUGCAUAUGCUUGGUUUCAUUAGUUUUAGGUCCUGUUUAGUUCGCGAAAAGAAAAUUUUUAAGCGUCAUAUCGGAUA